AUGUCCGGCAAGAAGGAGAAGAUGAGAGGCAAACUUAGCGGGGCGGAGAAGGAUGAUCUCAGAUCCUUGGAGAAGAAGCUGGAGAAGCGGCUCAACACUGGCUACCGCACUUCCAGUAUUCGCACCGCAUUGAUGAUUCUCGAAAUGGGUUUCGAGGUCAAGGAGGAACAGAUGGGCAGACUGCUGGCGCAGUGCAUGCAGCGGCCCGGCAUCGUGCAGAUAUGUAUGACAAUCAAACUGCUACAGAUUGUCCCAACUGCUUUUAUCCCGGUCGAGCAUUUCCUCCGUGGUUUGGGCGUCCUCGUGCAGCGGAACUUCCCCGUGCAGAUUCUGAGAAUGUGGCUCAACAUGGGCUGCCCCAGAGAUCAACGGUCUCUGCGCGCACUUCCGUAUGACUAUGACGACGACGAGAAGAGGAUGGUGGCACAGGAUCUCGAAGACGCUCUAGGCGUCGUCACCGAUGACGAGGAAGACCGCCGCGGGGCCGAUCGGCGCGUGAUUCUCGUCCAGGAGUGCAAAGCUCGACCAGAGCUGAAUGGCAAGUACGAGCGGUCAUCAGAUCUGAUGGCACACGGCCGUCCUGUUUUCGAGAAGAAGGCGGAGGUGCGUAAUCGAAAAGGCAAGGGCAAAGGCAAAGGAAAACAUGAUGCGAACGAGAUGAAGCGAUUGCUUAUGCCGCACAUGUUGGACGAUGAUGACAUCACCAUUGAAGUCAUGGUGAUCCAUUACAAGAAGGACAGGAAUGGCAUCAACACUGGUUGGUGGAUCAGCAAAAACACUUGCACAGGCCCUGGCCUUGCCUGGAACGGACGAGACACCAAAGGUCCACCCACGGGUGGUUGGUUUGUCAUCCGCGACCGUCAGAAGCUGCCAGAUCCAGUGAACAUCAUUGAUCCGAAGCAAGCUAACGACGAGAAUUAUCUCAAAAAGAAGAAGAACGAGGCCGCCCGAGCGUUGGAGCAGUUAGAUGGCAACAAGCUGAAGGGGCGACUUCAAGUGAAAGAUAAGAAUGUCAUGGCAUCAGAGUAUUUUGGCCACUUUUGCAUGCUGAUGCAUCUGGAGCACAUGGAAGAGCUUCGGCAAAUCAGGCGGCGCACCGAAACCAUGGCAGAUGGGGAGUUACAGCGAUUGGGCUGGUGCUUGGACGGUCUUCCUUGCAUUGGGAUCUUCGGGAGACGCGAUCCGAAGAAGACCACUAUCAUCGGCUGGGAAGAUCCGGGCAGCGAGAUGGGUACACUUCAGCUUCCACCGAACACGCAGUUCGAUCGCUUGAAGUUCAAGAGAGGUGAUUCCGUGAUCAUCAGCGAAUCCAGACAGCAGGUCCGAGUGAAGGGCGAGGCCUUGGAGAAGCUUGGCGAGGGUUUUAUCGCCGACAUUCAGUUGCCUCGUGGCCGCGACGGCGAGAGCAAGAUGAUCGUUCGUCUUCGUGGAUGUUGGCCAGAUGAUGCCAUGGCUCGCCGAUGGCGAAUCGACAAGGGGGCUAACAGCACGCUGUACGAGCGGCAGCUCCAGGCAAUGCUCAAUCUGGUGAACAAGGACCGAUCACGCGUGCCAGAGCUCCUGAUAUCUGCGAAGGUGGGCUUGGCAGACAGCUGGGCCAAACAGUGGAGGAAAGGUCAGGGAGUGACAGAAGAAGACAAGGAGCUCGCCGCAAAGGCAGCAGAGCAAGCAGAAAAAGACGUCCUUCGAGAAAAGGAGGCAGCAAAGCUUGCUAGGCUGAAUCCUGGCGGAUGCGAGUCCGACAAGCUGGACAAGGCGCUGAAGGAAGUGCGGACCCUUUCUCAUCUCAACCAGUCGCAGCGGGACGCAGUGCGCUCGGCAUUGCGGACCACUUGCACAGUGAUUCAAGGCCCCCCUGGCACGGGCAAGACGCACGUGUCUGUCCAAAUCAUGAAGAUGUGGUCAAAGACCCUGGACCUGUCACCUCUGCUGGCGACUUCUGACAGCAACCCAGCGGUGGACAACAUCGCCAUCGGACUGCGGAAAGAAGGCGUCCGGGCAGUACGAGUAGGCCGCCCAGACAAAAUCAACCGCAUCCUAGAGGAGAUCACGUUGGAGUGCUUGCUAGACAAAGAGAAGGAGGAGAUGAAGAACAGGCAAUACGAAGCGCGCUUCAAAUCCCGGUCGCGCUCCAAGACCGGGAGCCCGCAGCGGAAGGCCGUCUCGAGGUCCAGGUCCAGGUCGGGUCCGCGGAAGGGCAAAGGCAAAGGAAAAGGGAAAGGCAACGUCAAGAACGAUUUCGAGCUUCAGAUGAGAAUUCUGCAGGAUGCAGAUGUCAUCUGCACGACCACGAUCUCUUCUGGUGGUGACUUCUUCUCGAAGUUCGCUUUUGCUGGAGUCCUCAUCGAUGAGGCGGCGCAGGCUACAGAGCUGGCCGCCAUCGUGCCCCUCAUCCUGCGAGGCUCGCAGCGAUUGGUCUUGGUGGGGGACCAGUGCCAGCUACCUCCGACUGUGCAAUCUAGCGAGGCAGAAGAGAGAGGUCUCUCACUGUCGCUGUACUCGCGAAUGGUGGACUCUGGAGGGCUGAUGCCUUUCCUGUUGGACACACAGUUCAGAAGUCACCCGGUCAUCGCCGAGUUCUCUGCUCGAACCUUCUAUGCCGGAAAGUUGAAGUCCGGCAUUCGCCCCGAAGACAGAAGACAGAUCCGUGGUCUCCCCUGGCCAAACCACAUGUCGCCCAUCGGCUUCAUCGAGUCCAAUGGUGCCGAGGAGGAGGAGGGCGAGUCCAAGUUCAAUCCCACGGAAGCGGAAAUGGUGCAGAGACUGGUUCAGGAUGCCUUCUUCCAGCGCGAACUGGAAAUCACCGAGAUCGGGGUUGUGACCCCCUAUGUUGCACAAGUGCGUCUUCUCAAGCGGAUGUGCAAGCAAGUGAUUCCUGAAGGGAUGGACCCAGACCUCUUGGAGAUAGCUUCUGUGGAUCAGUUCCAGGGUCGAGAGAAGGACUUGAUAAUCUUCUCCGCCGUGCGCUGCAACAGGAUUGGAAACGUCGGUUUCCUAGCCGACUGGCGGCGGCUAAAUGUGAUGCUCACGCGAGCACGCCGAGGAAUGGUGGUCGUCGGAAACUCACAUACGCUGAAAGCAGACGAGCACUGGGAGAAGUGGCUCCAGUUCUACGAGAAGGUUGCUUCAGGUCGUGCACGUUCUCCGAGCCCGUCAAGGAAGAAGCAGGAGGCGCCUCCGAACGAGACGGAGGAGGAGAAGGAAGCGCGACUCAAGAAAGAACGAAUUGAAGCCGCCCGAAAGUUGUCAAUGGCCAUCCGGUUCCCGGGUCUGGCCAUGGCGCAGCAGAAAAAGAAGGAGGAGCAGCGAGAUCGCUCCAGAUCGUGGUCUCCAGAGGGUCCCGUCGUUGUUGGUCAAGCGGACAGCAAGUUCAAGGCCAUGGGCGGCAGGACGAAAGCGCGGGUCAAGACGCCCUCGCCCGACCGGCCCAUGAAAGUUCAGAAGGCUAUUGGCAUAGGGCGCCGCAACAAGGGCGACGAAUUUACCAAGCCCGCGCCAAAUGGAGCUGGCAAAGCGAAGGCCAAGGCCAAGGCCAAGGUGGCCAUUGCAUCGGAUUCGGAAGGCUCCGCGCAUUCCUAA